CUUAUGUCAAGUGUCAACUACAGUGUUUCAGAUUUAAGCGUGGCUUGCAUUGCAACUUCUUAAAUUUCUCACCAGACACUUCACUUCAGUCUUCUUUCAUGAUUCACACAUUCCAUGCUUCUACCCUCCUGAAUUUUCACACUAGUCUUGUCUAGCAGUCAGUUUUUCUUCCAUUUUCUAGUUUUCAUACUCAAAUUUGAUCCCCUAUCACAUUCUCGAUCUUAUUCCCAAGACUAUAAAACUUAGCUUCACCGUUUUCGCUCUUAUCCCGGCAAGAGAAAUGGGAUCCAGUUCUUUCCCACAGCCUAACUCAAAUUGGUCAGAACAGAAAAACAAGUUGUUCGAAAACGCUCUUGCAAUAUAUGACAAGGAUAGCCCAGAUCGUUGGCGAAACAUAGCCACGUUUGUCGGAGAAACAACCGAAGAGGAAGUGAGGAAGCAGUAUGAGAUCCUUCUAGACGAUAUCAAGAGAAUCGAGUCAGACCAAGUGCCGCUGCCAAAUUACAAGAAUCAUGAAGAAAGCUUCAAGGAAAACAGCAUCAUGAGCAAUGAAGGGGAUAGGCUGCAGCAACUGAAGCUCUAAUGAAGAAUGGUCUCAGCUGUAGAGACGGCAAUUUUUCCUUGAUUCAUCAUCACCCUUAAACUUUUUUCCUUUCAAGUAUAAUAAACUCUAAACAUAAUUAUAUGUACCAAAGAUGAAACAUUAGCAUUUUCUCCUUUGUAUUGAUUUUCUUUUCUCCUUAACUAGUCAUCAAUAUGUGAAAGAUGCAUUCUCUCUGGCUCAGCAUAUAGAUUUGACAGAUUCAACAAUAAAUCACAAGCAUUUCAAUU